AGAUAGUUAAGCAGUCAGGGUGGAGUAGGCAGACCACAGACAAGCUGAGGAUCAAGAGCUGCAUGUACUCUUUGUCUACUCCAGCACUUCUCAACCAUGAAGGAAGAACUGAGCCGAGGUCCGAGACUGAGCGGCCAGGAAGCUGGAAUCGCGGCCAUAGAAGCUGAAGUCCCGAUAGCGGUGCCUCAAGUUGUCAUGGCAACAGAAAAGACGAACAUGGUACAGAACGACACUCUCAAUCACAAUAACCACCAGCAGCCAGGGGGUCCGUCAUUGACCGUCAGGAUGAUUAUGCAGGGGAAGGAGGUGGGUAGCAUCAUAGGCAAGAAAGGUGACAAUAUAAAGAGGUUCAGAGAAGAGAGCGGUGCCAAAAUAAACAUAUCAGAUGGCUCGUGUCCCGAGAGGAUAGUGACAAUAACUGGCUCUGUAGAUAACAUUUACAAAGCGUUCACCAUGAUAUGUACUAAAUUUGAAGAGGACCUCCUGAAUACGCCAACUGUGCCUAAGCCUCCAGUCACACUUAGACUGGUGGUUCCUGCAAGUCAGUGUGGCUCACUUAUAGGGAAAGGGGGGUCCAAGAUAAAAGAAAUCAGGGAGGGUACGGGUGCUUCAAUACAGGUAGCUAGUGAAAUGUUGCCCAACUCAACAGAGCGAGCUGUCACAGUGUCAGGCACAGCAGAUGCCAUAACACAGUGUGUUAAAACAAUUUGUAGCAUUAUGUUAGAGUCCCCCCCUAAAGGAGCAACUAUACCCUACCGUCCAAAGCCUGCCAUGCAGCCAGUUGUUUUUGCUGGGGGACAGGCUUACACAGUACAGGGCCAGAUUGCCUUACCAAGUCCUGAGGUUGUACAGACAGGCAUUCCAGACUUGUACAGACCUAACCCUCUUCAGCUUAACAAAUUACAACAGAUCUCGAUUGGCCAGUCUGUUCCUAUGAUGCCGUCUAUGUCACAAACAUUAUUGCCAGGCAUGCCAUCAGGUCUCUCAACGCUCAGUUUCCCCAGGCCCGCAGCCACAGCCCCAGCAUUAACCAAUGGUACACAAACGCAUGAAAUGAAUAUUCCCAAUGACUUGAUCGGUUGUAUAAUUGGCAGGGGAGGUCAAAAGAUUAACGAAAUCAGGCAAUUAUCCGGUGCUACAAUUAAGAUAGCAAACCCCGAAGAAGGCUCAGCUGAUAGAAAAGUAACGAUCACAGGAACUCCUGAAACAAUAGGUCUUGCCUCAUAUCUAAUUAACACAAGCAUGGAAAUGCAUAAGAAUUUGACCCUUGACCCGACCUCGACCCCAACAUCCUUCACCUCUGCUCAGUCCCAUCAUCCCUUGGCCAUUCCGUUGAAUCAACUGAUCAAGCCCAUGCCGCUGCUAGGACUUAACCAGGGCAUUUUUGACGUUGCGUCUAGUCAAAAAUCUUUUGCUGCCAAAAUAAGGGUUGGGGCAAGUGCUAAUAACUUGAAAGCGAAAACAGAGAGACCUAAAUUUUCACCGUACUGACACUGCCGAAUCCAGUGUUGACAGUCUUAUGGGCCUUUUUGUAACAAAUUACGUGUUGUGAAUCCAGAGACUGAAUAAAACUAAAAGAGAAGCUGACAUGUUGUACAUCCAGCUAUUGUGAAAAAUUUAAUAAGAGGACUAUGCUAGAUACUAUAUAUUUGGAGUGACAUUAUAGUGAUAAAAUUGUUUAUGAAAAUUUAAAUGAUUGUUGAUUUUUGUGGUCAAAAGAUUAAGAUGAUUUAUGAAGUUUAAAUUAAUUGUAUGCGUAUGAUCUUUCUAGUGAAUUAUAUUUUAAUAGUUUAAUUAUGGUGCCAGUCAACUAAAGCCAAAGAAAGUUGCAUUACUUAUGUCCCCUAAGUCUUGUAUUAUAAGCAAUAAGCUUGGUUUUUGUAGUUUAUUUCUGUGCUAGGGGCACGUUUACACUUAAUGUGGCAACUGCGGACUUAACAUCGUGAAGUAAGAUGGCAUCGUGCUAAGGUUGUGUACAUUCCCACAUCGGAGACAGGGUACAGGCUAGACCCUGGCCUCACAAGUCUCACCAACCAAUCAACGCACGAUCGAUCACGUACUCGGUACGACAGGGCAAACCUAUCAUCUUUUACGGGACAGUCACUUUACUGUUCAACCCCACUUAAUAACCCCACUUAAUAACUCCACUGAUAUGUUUACCAGUUUUAUUACUGGGCUAGCAGGACAGUCCAUCAAGAGAAAAAAAAAGUACAGUAUGUUAUGAUCCUAAAUUUUCCAGCGGAAUUCCCCAAAGUGGGAGUACUGUAUCAAAAAUACCCCCAGAUAAUUUUCAGUACUUCACGUUAACAGACAGAAAAGACUGUCUGAUAACCUAUAACAACUGAACACUAUUUUGUAACCUUUAUUUUUGGUCCAUUUAAAACACUCCGCAUGUACAACAAUAUUUUUGAGACUGAUCGGAAUAGCUUUCCGACGUCUAAUUUGGUUUCAUUCUCUCAGUACAAUGGAAAUUGUGUACUUAACAUGGUAUUAUAGCCUACGCAAUAUUUUACUACUGAAGUAUUUUGGGACUUGGGAUAUUUUUUUCUUUCUGUUGGCAUAUUUUGAAACUUGAGAGAAAGAGUUGAGGGUUUUUCUGUUUGUUUAGGUUGAUGCAAAGUCUCUUGUUACGGACCAGUGAAUGUAUUUUGUAGAUAGUAUUAUUGUGUAUAGAUGUUACCAUAUAGUUAGUUGUUGACACAUCUAUGUACGUCUGGAGUAUAUUCCUUAUACUAUUAUACCGUAUUGUUGUAAUUUGUAGUGAUGCGUGAAGUGUCAUAAUGGACGUUGAUUGAAAUCGUCUUGACGCUCUUUUCUGUUCUUCAUAAAGCUAUUGUCCGUUAUUUAUGGCAAUACUAAAGUCUACAAAUUUGCAAUACAUACAAUACACUGUUUAAAGAUAUAUAGAUAUAAAUAUAUAAAUAUAUUCAUAUAUAUUUUCGGGUUCUACCACAAGCUAGUUGUCAAGCUCAAGCCUCCGAGCUCAGUGCGGUUGUGCCCUAUAUCUGACUGCGUCAUUCAAUCUUAUAUGUGUGGGUUCGUGAUUGCGGUUUUUGUAACUCGCCUAACAUUUAACACACGGUCGUGGAUAUACUUACAAAGUUAGUGAACCUUUAAGCCUUCUCGUUUGGUAUAGUGAACACGAUUUGGUAGAGCUUACCAUAGGUUCUUGGAUGUAAUAUUUUGUAUUCCUUGUAGGAUAACAUCGGAGGUGUGUGGAGUGGGCUACGCUAGGUAGAGAUUGGGAGACAGCCCUAACAGCCAUCAUCCCCCUCAUGCCAUACUAUGCCCACACUAGCACAUUAGCACACUAUGAACACAUGGUUACACUGUGUCCACACAAGCACAAACGGCAAAAAAAAGGCAUAGGGCAUGCAUCUUCUCUUAGAAACGGUAUCAUGUUAACAAAAGUGCUGUGAAAAGGUUGUGAUAUUAGCCUGUGUCUUGUCACUUACUACAACACUGCAUUUGUCACUCGGCACCCUUCCAAAGGUAACCAGAGCGCCAUCAUAUCUCCACAUCGAUUGGUGAACAGGAUUCAUAAUUAAAAAAAUGAGAAUUAAAUCCAGAAUGUACCGGAAAGAACUAGGGUAUAAUGAAAGACCAGCGUAGCAACUGACCCGACGGAAGUGGCUGUGACAUGAUGGUGAGUGAUGUCAGAUUUUUCUGCAUACCUGCUUCAGCUUUCGGCAUAACGCUCAUUGGUGCGGGAAGGUUCAUUCAUAACGCUAAAGACGUCCCUGAAUAGAACCAUCCUUGCUUUUGAAUGUACCUAAUCAAAUAUAACCUUUGCUUUACGGGUCCAUCUGGCAGAAUAAAGUAUUUUUUCAAAUAGAAACUCUUUCUUUGUUACAAAAGUAUGGUACAGGAAAAUGUUUUCAGUCAAGAAUGUCGCAGCAUAUGUGUGUAAUUAUAUAGCGUAUGACAAGGAACCAUUCACCAUUCAAAAUCCUUUAUAAAUGUUACACGAAAAGUUUGCACUUGUGCACAUAGCUCCUAGGUCUAAACCCAAGUGCAUCAUCGCACUUUAAACACAGGCAGGCUCUAAUCAGCCACAAACGCGUAUGAAGUUGCGUCUGUAUUUUUGUGAGUUAUACCCAAUUGUUAUUGAAGUUUUUUGAAUCGGUUACGUCUCUGAUGUUAUAUACCAUCGCGACAUAACUACCGUUAAGGUUUAAUGAUGUUCCCUCAGCAGUUAAAAGUCCCCUUGUGCUAUGUCACAUUGACUUAGGUUAAGCUUACAACCUGUAGACUGUUUUUGUUCUAGAUAUUUGUGCUCGACUCUGGUUAGUUGACUUUAACCUACAGAUUGAAGUGUGAUCGGAUUGUUGUGCCUAAAAUUGUUUUUUCCCAAUUUACUUGAGUUUACUGCGUGAUUAUGGUGGUGAUGUACUUUAUUUUCUUCGUGUUCUAGAAUUGUUUACGCUGGCCUUUUCACGUGUGUACAGAAAAUACACAUUCAUUUUAUUAAUGCAUUCAAUUCAUGAGGUCAUAAUUUAUACGCUAUAUAAGAGUUAUUGUCUAUUGUGUAUUGUGUGUGUUUAGAAGCAGCCAUUGAAUGGGUGUUAAAUGUUCUACCAAGAAAACAAUGAUUUCGUUGAAAUCCAGAGGUGUCGAUGCCAUAAUUAAUGAAAAUACCUCAAACACUCUAGUCAAAAGUGGUAUCUUCGAAAUCCGGAAAUGCCGGGUCGGAAAGCCUGGUCAGGUUUUGUUGCUUGACUUUUCAUGAAGUUUGGGUUUCAUGUUGAAUAGUCCCAUCAGAAGCCUUGCAGGUGCGUAUAUAUCUGGCACUGUUUUCGCUCAGAGACCGAGGUGCUGUGAACCUCCGAAAGGUUGAUAGCAAAUCAGUCCUUGAUAUAUGUUUAUGGCAAUCACGAUUAGUUAUGUUUUCGUACUUGUUAAACACAAGCCUGUGUUAAUAUAUGACUAUAUUUUGUUGAGUUUGAGUUUGCUGUUAUUUGCAACAGUUUGUGGCAGUAUGAGUUUACUUUUCUGUUGCGUUCAUCUUAAAACUCAGCGUGUCAUAUUACAUUAAAUACCAGACAUUUUUAGUCGCCUAAGUAUUUACGGCAAAUUGAUUUUUGUGCUUCUCUUUUACACAUUAUUGCCUGUAGUAGAAAUCCACAUCAGAAAUCCUCCUUUGAACCCAGACUCAAAUACCUCUGUCACGCGAUGAAUGCUCGCAUGAACUGUUUUGUUGUUGUAUAGUUACCCAAUAUCUAUCCAGGGAACACCAGAUAGGAAUGAUUUUAUGCAUAUAUUAUUAAAAUAACAAUUUCAUAAGGAACCAACCCAUAAUACUCUGUUCGGCAUUGAGUUUCCAUGGAGACAAACACUUGUAGGGCUUGAUAACCCACGUCUCCAUAUUAUCAUAUUGACGCACUUGAUCAAGCACUGUGAUUGGCCAACUCCUAGUCACGUGACUCCCCAAAAGUGUAACAAUGAUGGCAUGAAAUGUUUUACACUUUUUUUUCACUGUUUCGUGCAAUUUACUUUUCAUUUAAAACUUAUUUAUCUUGUUUUUUUCUCUAAAACUUCAACAUCAGGCCAUAAUAUGCAGUUGUUUGUGUGGAUUUUUAAAUCGCGCACUCAUGUACAGUAUUAUUGAAAUUUCCUUUCGUUCUAUCAUUACCGAUCUAUGUAGCAUUGCAUAAUCCCUGGCUGCCUGGUUGGUUACCUCCCCUUCCGCGAGGCCCCCUGGGUUACAAUAUGGCUGCUUCAGGGGUUUUAACACCCGCGAGCUACUGCAGCAGUAUUAGUAGCCGUAGCCGUGUCACGUGACUAGAGGUUGAAUCUAUAUCAUUUAAAAGUGAUAAAAUAACAUGUUCUUAUUAUCUUUGAAAGGAGAGUUUAAUAUUUUGAUUGUUUUAUCACGUGUCUGGUAUGGGUAGAAUACUGGGUGUAGACUGACACCGAGAAUACCAAUUCCACUGUGAGGAUUUUUUUUUCAGAGCCUGGGCUGUACAUGUGUUGGUAAAUAUUGAGAGAAAAAUAAAGUGAUUAUUUAAAUAUUUA